CAUGGAAAAAGCAAAACAUAACACAAGACAAGAUACAAGGAUGAAAAUCAAAUACAAGAAACCAAAAACCAGAAACAAGAACAAAACAAACAGGAGACAUGACACACAGAUCUUUUACAUAAGUACUAAAACAAGUGUAGAGAUAUUACAUGAAAAGUAUGAGUAGCCAAAUAUACUUUAAGUACCAAAAGAGUACUCAACACAGAUAAUCAUCCAUAAUAUAACUGUGUAUGUUUUAUAAUUACAUUGAUUUAUUGAUCCCUUAAUGUGAAGACAUCACUUUAAUGUUGCAGCUGGUAAUAGUGGGUCUCAUUUUAAUAGCUUUAUAUAAGUGCAGAGGGAGGAGAUAAAGGGGCACCUGCCACUUUGUCCCUGAUGUCCAAAGUGCCCUUUAGUCAAGGUGUAUAUUUUUGUGUUUUUGUUGUUGAUUUGUAGUUCUGUUAGUUAGUUUUGGGAAUUGUUCUCCAGUUGUUUUGCUGGUUUUGAGAACAGAAUAACAUCCUUUGCGAUCAAAUGUGUUCUGUUGCUUUUUCUGUCUUUUCUCUUCUAAUUAAUCCUUUAAUAGUAGAAAGCAUUACAUAUAUUAUAUUUGAGAAAUAUAGGCCACAAAUGUUCAAAUAUUCCAAAGGAUGUAAAAUGAAAUACUAAAUCUAGAAUUCUGAUAUGAAGCUGCUGAUAGAUCAUUGUGUUUUAAAAAAUACAUUUGUGAUCAACUGAUCAAUUAAUGAUUUCACCUUCAUCUCCAGGUCCAUGUGCCCCUUUUUAACUUCAAGCCCCUGCCCCUCUGAAGUGAACAGACCGCAGCUGCAUCUGUGAUGGUGUGAGCCUUCAGUGUGACGUCACGUGUCCCGCAGAGCUCAAGUACUUUCACUUUGAUGUGUCAGUUUGAAGCUGCUGAAGCCGGACACCAGGUGGAGAUAUUUGAUUUGUAUGAAAGGAAGGAGACGGUCAACAUGUCGGGCCAUGACGCAGAUGAGGACUUAAAGGACAGAAACGAAAUUCAAGUCUUUCUCUCAGUCCAGUGGUCAGAGGAUGUUCAACCACAGAGUUAUAAAAAAGAACUGCAGAAAAUUCUUCUGACUUGGACAAACAAAUUACGUGGAGAAUACACCAUUUUAAAUGUCUCAGAAGAUGGAAGUGCUGUGAUAAAGAUUAAACCCGCUGCAGCUGUGAGUGAGCUUCAGAAACUGAGUAGACAAAAACUGAAGGGCAAAGAUGGGACAACAGUGACGAUAACAUCUAUUAGUCUGACACCACCAGAACCGGAGGCACAAAUUCCAGAUGAUGCUUCAAUGGACUUUCCCCUUUCGUUCUCGUCAGAGCCACAACAUGUGAAUGAACAAAUUUGUGACAUGAAUACAUGUACCUGUGAUAUCCCAAUACUUCAUUAUUGGUAUGUGAACCAGGCCUACAAGAGGGAAAUUGAACGUAUAGAGAAGGAGAGUGGAGGUAAAAUCAUGGCAGAAAUGAAGCUGACAUUUGAGCCUCACCAGAAGGAUGGAAAUCCAAACUUUGCUUUCUCUGAGUUCAUUAACCUUGUCCAGAAGUGCUCAGCUGAGUCCAGUGGCUUCACUUUUCCUCUCAGGAAAGUGAAUCCAGAAGGGUUGAAGAACACAAUGGAAAUCAUCCAGAGACCUGAGAACAAACUUUGGAUUGCUCUGUCCUCCGAAGACAUGACUGUAUGUGGACCAAGAGAAAGUCAAGAUGCUAUUAGAAAGUCCUUAAAUGCAGAAGAUAAAACAUUAAUAAUUACCCACACCCCUGCUGGAAGAUUUAUACAGACGUCUCAGAAAACAUCACUGAAAACAGCAUUUAGUUCUGAGCAGCCUUCAACAUCUCAUGACGAGUGUGCAGAGACACUUGCGAUGUCUGAAAGGAAGGAGACAGACAACAUGUCCGGCAGUGACACAUUUGAGGAAAUGGAGACUGACCAGACAGAACAACCUCAAAAUGCCAUGGAAGACUCCACACAUCCCAACACUUCAGCAGGAGAAACGACACAGGUCCAGGUCUCCUACGUGUCUCAGUCUGACAUAAGAAUGGAUGUUCAACUCUACGGCCAGCAAGGACAACAUCAAUAUCCCAUGGGAAACUCUUCUAAUCCAGCACAGAAUAACUUCACAAAUCCCCACCCUUCUGCUGGACAGCUUCCACAGGCGUAUCAAUACCCACCAGUGAACAUGCCAAAUCAAGGACAGCAGCUACAUGCCAUGAGAGGCCCCUAUAAUCCAGCACAGAACAACUGCACAAAUCUCCACCCUUCUGCUGGACAGUUUCCACAGGUGCUUCAAAAGACAUCAAUGAACACUGAAGUUGAUAAAGGACACUUCUGGAAACAAAGUGCCAUCAGCAGGUCCUUAAACGCUGCACCCACAUCCUCAGCAAAUACCUACAACUCUGCUCCAGAGUCUCAAGUCAGAUCCCUGAACAUUGGCAUGAGCAUCAAUGACCGUCUUGUAAAUAAUGGACUGAACAUGCAGGAGAGCCACUGGAAGCUGAUGACAGCUUCCUACAGUGAUGACAUAAAUAAGAUUAAAAUAAAGUUUGGUGUGAACUUUAAGGAUUCAGGCGUCCUUCAUGGCAAAGUCAGUGUCAAAGCUCAUUAUAAAAGAUCUGGAGGAAACGCUUCAAUGGAGAGCCAUGCUGUCAGAGCUCUGCUUCAUCUGUGCCAGAAGAUCGCCACAUCACCCAAGAACAUCACCCAACAUCGAGGUGCCACAGGGCUCAGUGGCUCCCUAAAAAGAUGCUGAAGAGAGCUGUAUUAACACAGACAAAUCCAAAUGAUUUCUAAACAAUCAAUUACUGAAAAACAAACACUGAUCUUGUAUUGUUGGCUGUCUCUCUUCCUCUCUUGCAGUUUUUCAUAUCAGUAACGAUUGGUCAAAGAGUUUACAGGGUGAAGGUUUCUACCAUUUCGGUUGAUUUAUUAUGUUUUUCAACUCUUAACAUAACAGUAAUGACAUUUGUAUGCCUGAAGUAAACUUUAUAUCUGCGCUAGUUAAUGAUCUUAUUAACUGUUAAUAAAUGAUUGAACCAACCCA